CCCCGCCUCUCGAGCCCCGCUGGACGAACGGACGGACGGACCGGGGCGGACCGACGGCCGCAGACGACCCGGACUCAACCUGAAGCGUGCCGCACAGCGUCAAGGCGAGCCUGUCUCUCUCCCCCUCCGGGCCGGGGCGAGCGGGCAGCGGCGGGGGGUCGCCCACGUCCAAACCGAGCUACUGCGGAGCGGUUCCGGUGGAGGACAUGCAGGCGCUGGCUAUCACCUCGCUGUCCGCCGCGGACGUAGCCAAGCAGUACGAACACAUCCGGGAGCUGGGGAAGGGAACGUACGGCAAGGUGGACCUGGUGGCUCACCGCACGCAGGGCACCAAAAUGGCGCUCAAGUUUGUGACGAAGAACAAGACGAAGCUGAAGAGUUUCCUGCGGGAGUUCAGCCUGACGGGUUCUCUGAGCUGCAGCCCGUUCAUCAUCAAAGUCCUCGACGUUCUGUUCGAGACGGAGGACAGCUACGUGUUCGGGCAGGAGUACGCCCCCGCCGGCGACCUUUUCGACAUCAUACCGCCGCAGGUCGGCCUGCCGGAGGAGAUGGUGAAGCGCUGCAUGCAGCAGCUCGGUUUGGCUCUGGACUUCAUGCACAGUAAAAACCUGGUGCAUCGGGACGUCAAACCCGAAAACGUGCUUCUGUUCGACCGCGAGUGCCGCCGCAUCAAGCUGGCUGACUUCGGCAUGACACGGCGCGUCGGCUGCCGGGUGAAGCGGGUGAGCGGCACCAUCCCCUACACGGCACCGGAGGUCUGCCGUGCCAACCGCGCCGAGGGCUUCCUGGUCACCACUAGCAUGGACGUGUGGGCGUUCGGCGUGCUGGUCUUCUGCAUGCUGACGGGGAACUUCCCCUGGGAGGCCGCCAUGCCGGCCGACGCCUUCUACGAGGAGUUCCGGCGCUGGCAGAAAGCGGGCUGCCCCGCCGGGACCUACCCGUCCCAGUGGCGCCGCUUCACUGACGACGCCCUGCGCAUGUUCCAGAGGCUGCUGGCCGCCGAGCCGGAGAAGCGCUGCGGCGUCAAGGACAUCUUCUGCUUCAUCAAGUACGAGCUGGUGAGCGAGCUGCGGCGCCGGGCGUCCUACCGAGCCAAACGGGGAGAGAGGUCCAGCUCCGGAGUGUGCACCGGCAGCUGCACCGCGUCUUCUUCGCGUUCCUCCGUCAGACACCCGGAGCCGUCCACGCCGCCGGGAACGUCCUGCCUCCGCCCGGCGCCGCUCAAACGCAGCGUCCUGUCUGACCCGCUGUCUCCCAGAGAGGAGGCCGGGCAGCACCAGGCCCCGGGCCGAGACAAGAACAAGAGCCAGAUGGUCAUGGCGACCGCCAUCGAAAUCUGCGUUUGAGCGCACUGACGACUCGUAGUUCCGACUGCGUAAAGCAGCCAUUUUAGAUAAAAACAAGUAAAUAAAUAAAAGACUAAAAUUCUGGCAAGAACUCAGAAAUUUUGAGAAUAAUUUCAUAAAUAUUGUAGAAAAAAUUGACCUUUUGUGAGCUCCUAAAGUUGAAAAUGUGCAACAACAAACAAAAAAUUUUUCCCAAAAGCUGCAAAUUGUCAACUUUUCAUUCUCAGACAUUUUUAUCUUUCUCCUAGAAAAUUUCAAGUUUUUUUUCUAGCAAAAUUUUUCACUUUUGGACCUCAAAACUUCCAUUUUUUCAGAAUGUUUGGCAUUGAUAUCAUAAAUUUUGUAGAUAAAUCUUGAAAAUUUGUGAGUUUCAAAAAUUUAAAAUAUGAUAGAAAAAAACUGUGAAAUCUUGAAAUGAACCUCAGAAACUUUCAAGAAAAAAUUGCAGCUGAUCUGAGUUUUGAACUUAUAAAACUUACAUUUUUUGACUUGUGAAACUUGGAAAUUUCCAAGUUUUUUGAUUAAAAUAUCUCAGAUUAA